UGACCGGAAAAGCCCGCGCGGGAGGGGUGACGCAGAGAGGCGGCCGUGCCGGUGCCGGUGCCAUGGAGGCCGCGGCCAAGGGGGGCUUCGUCCUCGGCAACCUGGCCGAGGUGGUGGAGCGCGUCCUCGGCUUCCUGCCCACCAAGGCGCUGCUGCGCGCCGCCUGCGUGUGCCGGCUGUGGAGGGAGUGCGCCCGGCGGAUCCUGCGGGGGCGGCAGCGCGUCGCCUGGGUCUCGGCGCUGGAGCCGGGCCCCGCCGACAGCCACGCGCUGGUGCGCGCGCUGGCCCGCGAGCUGGAGAAGGUGCAUGUGCUGCCCCAGACCGUGCUCUAUAUAGCCGACGCAGAAACGUUCAGCGGGCACGAGGAGUGUCACGAGCAGAAGAAAGCCAGGAAAAGAAACAGUAAAGAAACGGCAAUCGCGCUCGAAAAAUUGUUGCCAAAGCGAUGUCAGGUUCUCGGACUGGUCACCCCAGGGAUCGUAGUUACCCCUAUGGGUUCAAGCAGCAAUCAACCUCAAGAAAUUGAAGAGGGCGAAGCUGGGUUUGCUCUGUUGUUUCCCAAAAUCGAUGGGGUGAAAAUUCAUACCUUCCAUUUUUCAAAAGACUUGAAGAACAGGGUCUUUGAUGAAAGUAAAUUUGCUGAAGCAGGUCUGAAGAAUAACCCAGAUCUCCGGGUGGUUCUUCUGUUUGGCUACAACUCCUGGAAGUCUGGAGCGACUCGAUUUCUUCAUCAAAUAGUCAAUCCUUUGAAUGAGAAAAGUAUCAUCCUGGCUGGGGGACAAGUGGAGAGCUUUACAUCACUGACCUCUGAGAAAUAAUGAAGUCCAACUGCUACACUGUGAUCUAGCCAGAAAAGCUGGAAGCUUUGUAUGACUGUGUUACAAAUUGGAUUCUGGAAACCCAGUUAGGAGAAGCCCACUGCAACGGAGAUUUCCAGCUUCAGAUACCCUAUGUGUUUAUUGCAGUCUGUGUUUACUCCCUGGCUUGCAGAUAAAUUAUCACUCGUUGUGGCAGAGACCAGUUACAUGAACAUUCUGUUUCUGUAUCAGCCUCGGUUUGGUUCACAUUACAGAGCAGUACUUGAACACGCAAACAGGACCGUGCCUCAGGAGCACACCUAAUACGCUGCUGCUGCUGCUGAAGGACGCGGCGCUCACAGGACUGGGCUAGAUCUCAUCUAGCUUGAACCCCUUCUUUCUGCCAGGAUCCCUGCAGGGCCGAUUUGGGCUCCAGUUGCUCCAGCUGCUCUGCUGCACGGGGAGAGCCCUUUGUGCCAACUGAAUCGUGGGUGCUGGCGCAUCCUCACUGGAGUGUCCUGUGCAGGGGUGUGCGGUGCAGACAUUGCCACGGGCUCCUCUCAUGCCAGUGUAGGUCUGAACUCCGUAGCAGUACCAACAUUUUUCUUGCAUCUAAUGUAUGCCAGCUGCACCGUUACUCCAGAUAAGAGAGCUGACCAUAUAUUAAAUUAUUGCUAAUAAAGCAUAAGCAGGUAACUACUAAAACCAGCGUGUCCUGGCUAACCAAGGAGACUUAAAGCAAUGUGAAUCUGAAGCCAUUGUUGACUGUUGCCCUGGUUUGAUAUGUAAAUGCCGACUACCUUUGCUUGUCUUAAGUUUAACUAAUAGUUUAGUUGGAAUUACAGAGCUGUGACAUAAACAAACUGCUGAAUUUGGCGUGCAUUUGAAAGGUAGGCUUAUGCUUAAUCCCUGGGAAUGGAUAUGAAAGUUUCUCCUUGUGAAAGGUUGCUUAAAAAAAAAAAAGUUGCUAAAAUUUGAAGGCUUUGGUUUGUUUUUUAGCUAUGGGUGGCUUUCAGAAUCACUAGGAUGUUGGUCUGCUUUGAAACCUACUUCUGCCACAGCAGAAGUUUAUUCAGGUCGGAAGUGGUCUCCCUGGAAGGUUCUCUAACUCGGUGCCUGUUGCC